AUGGCAGAAAACCCCAAAAACCAAGGCGAAAAGCCACGGACUCCACCUAAUCUUGCGACAGUACCAUUUGGACCAGUACCGAAAACAGAAUUGACGCCAAUUGGUCAAAUACCUCCGUGGAAGUCUUCAGAUCAGCAACUUCAACGUCGAACUGUUAUGGAGCCAAAUUCUAUGGAAGAUAUGCGACUUCAUUCCAGCCGUCCAAAUAUCCCACUUCAACGUCGAACUGUUAUGGAGCCAAAUUCUAUGGAAGAUAUGCGACAUCGUUCCAGGCGUUCAAGGAGUCCAAGCCCACCUCGACGACUUGACAAAAAAUCAAGAUUUAUUGAAGAGAUGCAACCGCAAUCCAGCCUUCUAAAUAGCCCACGUCGACGUCGAGAUGACAUUGAAAUGGAGCUAAAGUUUAUGGAAGAUAUGACACCUCAAGCCAAACGUUCAAGAAUUUCACUUCUAUUUCCGAAUUUAACGGAGUCAAGGUCUACUGAUGAAGUGCAGCUUACGCCAAAAUCUAUUGAAGAGAUGCAACCUCAAACCAGGCGCUCAAAUAGCUCACCUCGGCCUCCUAUUGUGAUGAAAUCAAAGUCUGCUAAUAAAAUUCCAACUUUGGGCGAGAUACCACAGGUUUCACUCAAGUCGUUGAAGGCCAUUCCAACAACCUCUUCCAACAACGAUUCCACAAAGCGAAAACGUGGAAGACAAACAUUUCAUAAAUUUUCAGAUCUUCCGUUAGAACUUCAAAUUAUGAUUUGGCAAUGGUAUGGAAGAAUCCACGCAAACAAUAAGCCGAACGUCAUCAAGAUUUUCCGCUGUUAUAGACCUGUGCUACAAAAUCUCACGGUGAGAGAGGAUCCAUCACAGCGGAUCUCAUACUUUGCCAUGAGUUACAAGCUUCCUCCCAUCUUUUAUGUCUGCAAACUUACUUUCAAAAUUGCAAAAGACUUGUAUGAGAAAGAGUUCCAAGUAAUUCCAAUGAUCAAGGAUGAUAAACAAUUGACAUACUUCAAUGAAGAUAGGGAUAUCAUCGCUUUGGAAGAUGCUCAUGUAUUGAGGGAUUGGAGAUACAACCGCCAGACUGAAGCCGAAUUCACCGGAAGGACGCAUAUGAGCUCAGAUCGGCCUGCUGACGAGACAAUCACAAGAAGAAUCAACAUGAAACAUCUCGUUAUUGGUGGAACAGACCGAUCACAGAUCGAGGCGAGGCAUCUGGCAAGGUUUUAUGACUGCGAGUCCAUAAUGUUGGCGGUACCUUAUUUGCUUCGCAGCAGAUUCUUCUCCACGGAGGACAGAAACAAGCCCGACCGUGAAACUAUCUCAUUCUUUCGUGAUCGACUCUUACGCUUCUGCAAGGAGGAAAGACAAGGUCCUUUUGUUAGGGAAGACUAUCGCAGAAAGCCCAUCCGUCCAGUGGUAGUUGAGCCAAGUUGGGAUACGACUGGUCGGUCAAUAUCCAACCCAAUGUUCUGUGUCUGUACCGAUGACGAGAUAUUAUAUCAGCUGCACCGUUUACACCCUGCAAUCACGAAUUUCAUGAAACCACUCCCCGGAGCUGCAAGUUCUAUCACUUUCAUGAGCGAAUUGAAGUUCUCACACAAGCAUGCUAGGCUGUUCGAGUACCCGUGGGAGUUCAUUGCAAAAAAAUAG